ACAGCCCUUGUUCUCCCCCCCCGUCUGUUUCUCUCUCUCUCCCCUCCCACUCCCUGCUCCUCUGAGCUCGAGAGCCUCUUCCCCCUCUCUGCCGUUACGAGUUCUCCUCCCGAAACCUGUGCGAGGCGGCCGCAGAAGCGCGAGGCGAUUCCCCCCUCUCCCCUACAAUCAGUCAACAUGGCUACAGUUGUAACCUCGACGAGAUUCACAGACGAAUAUCAGCUGUACGAGGAACUCGGAAAGGGUGCGUUCUCAAUCGUUCGCAGAUGUGUCAAGAAGUCUACUGGCCAGGAGUAUGCUGCGAAAAUUAUCAACACAAAAAAGCUCUCAGCCAGAGAUCACCAGAAACUGGAGAGGGAGGCAAGAAUCUGUCGUCUGCUGAAACAUUCAAACAUAGUACGACUCCAUGACAGCAUCUCCGAGGAAGGGUUCCAUUACCUUGUCUUUGACCUUGUCACUGGAGGAGAGCUGUUUGAGGACAUUGUUGCUAGAGAGUAUUACAGCGAGGCGGAUGCCAGCCACUGUAUCAAUCAGAUCCUGGAGAGUGUCAGUCACAUCCACCAGCAUGACAUUGUGCACAGGGACCUCAAGCCAGAGAACCUGCUCCUGGCCAGUAAGAUGAAGGGAGCAGCUGUGAAACUUGCAGAUUUUGGUCUAGCUAUCGAGGUGCAGGGGGACCAACAAGCAUGGUUUGGUUUUGCAGGAACUCCAGGAUAUCUGUCCCCAGAGGUUCUGAGAAAGGACCCGUACGGCAAGCCGGUGGACAUAUGGGCAUGUGGUGUGAUCCUGUACAUCUUGUUGGUGGGCUACCCUCCCUUCUGGGAUGAGGACCAACACAAACUGUACCAACAAAUCAAGGCCGGUGCAUAUGACUUUCCUUCUCCAGAGUGGGACACAGUGACCCCCGAGGCCAAGAAUCUAAUCAAUCAGAUGUUAACAAUUAACCCUGCCAAACGGAUCACAGCCGACCAGGCCAUCAAGCAUCCCUGGAUCUGCCAACGAUCCACUGUGGCCUCCAUGAUGCACCGUCAAGAGACUGUGGAGUGUCUGCGCAAGUUCAACGCCAGGAGGAAACUUAAAGGAGCUAUCCUCACAACGAUGCUGGUGUCCAGGAACUUUUCAGUGGGACGGCAGCAUACCAGCCCUGCCGCUACCACCAGCACGGCCUCAAUGGCACAGGAAGCAUGCAAAACCUUACUAAACAAAAAGUCUGACGGUGUUAAGAAAAGGAAGUCCAGCUCGAGUGUUUGUUUGAUGUCGCAGGGAACCAACAGUAAAAACAGUGUAGUAAGCAGCAGCAGCACCAAAGACAGCAGCAUGUCAUCUUCAGCACCAAUGGAAGCCCAGACAACUGUUGUACACAACCCAGCUAAUGGCACCAAGGGCUCCACAGAGAGCUGUAAUAAUGCAGAAGAGGAGGAGAUGAAAGGUAGGAAAGUGGCUGCCCCUGAGUCUGAGUCUACUGGUACAGACAGUGCCGUGUUAAGCCAGUGCAUCCCGACAGAGGAACAGACCCUGUCUCCUCACUGUGCCCCACCCACGUCUGGUCCCCUGCAGGAGGCUACUUGCAGCCCCAGUGUCCCUCAGACCAGUCCAGCUCAGAGCUCCUGUCCUGAACCAGAGUCCGCUCUGUCGCCCCACGCAGGCAUCAGCCGCAACCUGCAGCAGACUCGUAAACAGGAGAUAAUAAAGAUGACAGAGCAGUUGAUUGAAGCUAUCAACAAUGGGGAUUUUGAGGCUUACACGAGAAUCUGUGACCCUGGACUGACUUCUUUUGAGCCAGAGGCCCUUGGAAACCUGGUGGAGGGCAUGGACUUCCACAAGUUCUACUUUGAGAACCUUCUGAGUAAAAACAGCAAGCCAGUGCACACCACCAUCCUCAACCCCCACGUACAUCUGAUCGGUGAUGAUGCUGCCUGCAUUGCCUACAUCCGCCUGACGCAGUACAUGGACAGCCAGGGCCGGCCACGCUCCUGCCAGUCAGAGGAGACGCGUGUGUGGCAUCGCCGCGAGGCCAAAUGGCUCAACGUGCACUUCCACUGCUCAGGAGCACCGGCUGCACCCCUGCAGUGAAUUGCCAACCCAGGCCCAGGAAAGCUUUGCCUGAACUCUAAAGCUGUUUGGAGCAUUAUUCUCCGUGGUCGGACCGGUGCCUGCAUCCUGGCCAGGAAGAGGCUGCUUGGAAAGUUGUAAAAAACUGAAAAGUGGGGAAAAUACAUAAAUAAAAAAAACAAAAAGUAAAAAAAACAAAAAAAACAACAAUACAUAUUUCAAAGCUUGACUGAAUGACCGACCAACACCAAUCCAGUCCAACUCUAGCUAGGUGACGAUGGCGCUCGGCUGAUGUCAGCCCCUUCCUGCAGAUGGUGCAUGUUUCUGGUGGCUACACAGGGGUGAUGCUGUCCUGGUCAUUGUCUCCCAUGGCCUUUAUUUUCCCCAUCUUUGUUUGGUCUGCUGGAAAAGUAUUAAACCUGUUUAAAAAAACAAGUACAUAUAUAAUAUAUAACAGAAAUCAAAUACACUUCACAUACAUAGUGAACACAGAACUGGGGGCAACAAGUAUAAUAUCUAAAAAAGAUUAGCUUUUUUGUUUUGUUUUGAGAGAGCAGCAGAAUAUCUACUUUAAUAAAAGUAUUGUUUUACAGUUCACAGCUGUGGGUUGGAUUUAUGGGCACAGGAGCAACAAAUGUCUUACUGUAAUAUCAGAAUUUAACAUCCAAGUUUAAGUGUCAGGUUUGAAGAUCUGUACACUGUUUUCUAGAAAUGAUUAGUUACUGAAGGGACCUUUUGUUUUGUUUUUCUAUUGUGUUAAGCUGUUUUUACCUGAAUGAUGUGUUUCAAAGUAUUGUUUUGAAAAAGUCAUUUUUAAUCAAAAGGGGUAUUUUAUUUAAUAUAAUUGUGUAUAAAUAGAUAUUUAUAUAGGAGUAGGGGGAAACAUUUACUUUUAGGGUGUAGGGAGGGGAUUUAAGCAUGAAUGGGUAUUUUGUUUCUGUUUUGAGGUCUUGGGGUGUAUAUAACAACUACUCACACACCAUGCAUGCAUGCAUGCAUGCACGCACACACAUACUCAAGGUCUCUGUGCUCCAGCCAUUAGGGUUGAACCUCUCUUGAGCUUUAGACAACAAUCGUCCAGGCCAGCUCAUCCUGAAGUUGCAGAGGGCCUCCAUCUGUCUGCCCUGCAGUGUUUGGAGACGAACACUGAGAGGCGCCAUGGGUCAAAGUCUGAAGCUCCUCACGUCUCCGAGCUACCUAAUCUGAAAGCACGGACACACUCUCACGCCAACUUUUUACCUUUUUAUCUGUUCUUGUGUAUUUUUGAUGUGAAGUGUGACAUAUUUCAAAUAUCUAAUGGCCUGUACUGUUUUUGCAGACAUUUACGACUCAAUGCUGUUGUGCUCAUUCUUCUAAGGGAGUGAAUCUUUCUGCAACUUCAGGUUACGCUCGCCAAAAUCUUUCCCGUCCACCCUACCUCUGCCCCUCUUACUUCAAUCAUUCCUGCGUCUUACUGUAUACUCUCCACAUCCUUCGCUAACCAGCCCCAUUACUGUCCUUGUAGCACCACGUCGUGUGAUGAUGAUGAUGAUGAUGAUGAUGAUGAUGUCACCCAUAUUCCUGUCUCUUGUUCUGAUUGUGUUCUUGAAAUUUGUAUGUUGUCUGUCUUGGCUUGCUGUACAUCUGUGUGAAAGCAUGUUAAAGGGAAUGCAGCCGAGGGAUUGGACAAA